AUGGCCAACAACACGCACGGCUCCGCGGCCCCUCCCAGUGAGUUCCUUUCCUCUUCUCUUCUGAACCCCCCCCCGGCGAACAUGCCAGCACCAGGAUCGCCGCAGUGGACCUGCGGCAGGCCGAGAAGACGUGUCGGGUCCACACUGGCCUUUGCAAGAGAUUGCAAGGAGGGGCUGCUGGUUAUUGUUGGCUCUGGCCGACGGCUGGGUGCCCUGUCUCUGACAGAAGGUGGAGAUUUGACGGAGGCACAUUACAUCCUCAUCGGCAUCUCCGCCUUCACUGUGGUGGCCAUCGCCCUGCUGGUGGUGCUCUGGCUGAGGAAGUACCGUGCCUUGAUGCGCACCAUCCAGAACCUUCAGAGAACGGGCUGUUUUGUCAAUGUCCCCCCCUCAGACGCCCCCACGCCGCACAGCACCUCGCUGGACACCCUGGAAGAGGACCCUGUCCAGACGGGCCAGCAGACGCCUGCGGAGAGGCAGAAAUCCAAGUCUUUGAGCAGGUCGAUAUGGAGGCCACCACAACCAGGACCCCGCUUCACGAAGGCGGACCUAAACCUCAUGCAGAUCAUCAAGGCUGGGAAGGAGGGCGUCUUCUACAAGGCCAGGAUGAAUCGUGGGACCUGCAAAGGCCACUCGUUCUUCACCUGCAAGAUCUCGAAAGAAGGUGUCAGCCCCAAACGAGUGGAGACGGAGGUGUCCAUCAUGAGGAAGCUGGGGCACCACAAGAACGUCCUGCAGCUCCUGGACUGGAACACGAGCCAGGUUACCACAGUUUGUUUAGGUCUUUCAUGCCAUGAUGAUUGUUCACAUUUGUUAAUUUUGUGUGUGGUACCAUGUAAUAUUCUUUCUUUCCCCCGAAAACCCAAUCAACAAAUUGAACAGAAACUGAACAUAAUGAAGCUGUAUUUCGCUUUGUGUUUCCUAGGCACUUUGCCCUACCCCAACCUGGAGACCUCAGAGGAGGUGGUUUUUCACAUCUGCUCUGGGAACAGGAUGAGAAUCCCGGAGACAUGCAGGCCUGAAAUCAUGCAGAUGAUGGAGGACUGCUGGCUGGAGCCCUAUACCCGCCGCCCCUCAUUCUCGGACAUCAUCGGCAUCCUGGAGAACAUCUUGGAGAACGACGCUGAUUAUGUCGAUGUAGACAACAAGAGGCUGUUGCCCACAGUGACGGGGGCGUCGGGCGACUGAAGCUCCCGUCGCCUGCCGCCGCCUGGAUCCCAGCGAUCGGAGGACUUGGCUUCCCUCCGCGUGAUCCCAUUCCCGAAGCACAGAGCCGGGAGCGGGAGCCGGGACUCCUGUGGGAUUCCUCCGCGCCACCACGCCUCCAGCCCCGGCAGAGCCGGAAGCAGCAGCACUUCCUGGACGGUUGGAUUUCCGUGAGGAGCAUCCGUACGGAACGAGACGGUGCAGUUCUGAAACAAUUCAGGGGCCCGAAGCUCAAAUUUGUGGGCAGAGACACGCAGGAGUCUCCACAUGUCAAAAGGGAGGGUUUUAGUCUCUGGACUACGUUACCUUGGCCUUGCAGGGCCUUGUGCAAUCCUGCACUGCGAUAGCAUAAGGUGUGCGACUCCCUACACGAGGGAAACGAGACAAAUAGGGUUUUUUUCUUACACUAAGCACAGAGUUCAGUUCUGCAGUUGCUGUUCAAACUGGCCUGCGGUUCAGCGACAGAAGGAUUACUUCAGGGUUUCACAACUGUUGCCGACUCCUUAUUUAAAAAAAAGUUUUAUUUAAAAUCUACCAGUUGCUUCUGGAUAAUGGAUAAUGCUUUUGCAUUUUUCUUGACUUCCUUGUCGACAAUAUACCAGCCCUGUAGCAGAACCUGUCCAAUAUAGCUGUGCAAUAUUGAAGAGACUUUCAUGGUUUCCUCUAGGAAAAUACACUGUUAACAGAUGAACUGUUUUUUUAUUUAUUUUGCUAAUGUUUUGUCUUUUCAUACUAUGCAUCACCCCCAACACUUCACACCACGCUGUGUUCCAGAAGGGGCCAUAAAGAAAGCACUAUUGGUCGGUUCUUCUCAAGGAUACUUAAAAAUCAUUUACGCUGUAUUUAUUGUGGCAGUAUGUUUUUCAAUUGCUUCUGCACGAUUCUGCACGUACUUGGUGUGAUUCAAUGAUGUACUGCACAUGUUCCUUCUUCCAAUAUUGAUAUUUGAGCUACAGCAAUAAAAGAUAAUAAAGGUUUGCUGGGCAAAGUCUAAAUUUCACUUAUCCGAGUCCCUUCCAUAGAUAGAAGUACAUUCUUACUUUCUUUUAUAAUAUAGUGUAACCUAUUUAACAUUUCUUUACAAAUUACUUAUUUACUAUCAGCGUUCUAGAUUUAUAUUGAAUAUAAAUAUACAGUAUUCACCUCUUCAGUUUGAAAAGGGUUUGCUCGCAUGAUUGCAAACCCAUGCGAAGCAGACACCCAGAGCAGAGGUGAGAGAUCAGUUCUGGUGAACCUUGAACCUUGAAUGAACCUCCUUCAGCCCGGCGAGCCGGUCCCUUCAAAGCCGGUUUCAUCAGUAAUAAACCGUGGAGCCCCGCCCCUCAGCGACCGCCCACCGCAGCCUCGACUGAGCGGCGCAGCCAAUCAGCUUCGCGGAAGAACACGUGACUCCACCCCGCCCCGUCGACUGUUUCCUCAGCGGGUAAUUAAUGCGUCUCUGGUGCAGCGGAGACUUGAAUUUAUUUAGACAGUCUUUCGAAUAACAAUCGUGGGGUUUUUUUCCCGUUCAUCGUUGCGAUCCAUUGAUAACGUUUGCUCUUCGCUUUUCGGCAGCCAGCCGCCUUGUGCGUGUUGACGCUGUAAAUAAACAUG